UGCCAUGCCAACGUGGACAGCGUGUUUUGGUGUCAAAUCGCGGUCCCAAAAUCUUUUCUUUAAAGCUAUCUCAAAACGAUCUAGGAUUGUGAUCUGUAAACUUUAUGUACUAUGUCAAAAAUCUUAUGAUUCAUUCGUGAACACUCAUUUGCUAGACAGCUGCCAUUGUGUUAUGAUUCCAUGACUCUUUCAGCUAGCUUUGGUCGCGAUGAAUGUAUAGGAUUGGUUGUUGAUUUUCUUGAAGUGUCAUUGCAUCAGAUUCUGUGGGCAUGUAAACUAUAUCCUAGCGAAAUCUUCAGGCAAACACAAAAAUUUAAUGCCUUAGUUUAUAAAUCCAUACAUCCUGAAGUCAACAAUUACAUUGAUAAUACCCUGAACACCGUCAGAAACCUCUUGUCAAAUGACUUUGUGGAGAAACUGGUCAUGGUCAUCAAGAAUGACAAACCUGUUGAAAGAUUUGUCUUUUCAUUUCACUCUUACUACAAGACAACUCCGAGUGGAAAAGUUACGUUGAAUGUGACUGAAAUCCGACAACAAGCAACAGCAAUUUGGCUUACAAUGAGCCAGAGAUUGGGUUCCGAAACCCAUUACGAUAGAGGGAACUGUACAUUCGCGUUCGAAAUCCAUACAAGGAGCGUGGCUUAUAACAAAAUUCUCGAAAGGCAGUCGACCGAGGAUUUCCAAUGGAUUGUGGCUGAAAAGAUCAAGAAUCCCAGUGGUGUGGUUCCCAUCAGGAAAUUAGAAAGCCAGCCCUUCUGCAUAGACAUUUACACAGAGGACUACCGUGUCGAUGAUUCUUAACAUGAUGCUGCUCAGUAGCGGAGAAAAUUCAUUCUGUAAAUACGAUGCUUACGUUUAAAUAAAUCUCAGCAGACUGAGAACAAAAGGAA